AUGGAGCCACUGCGCGCUCCCGGAGAUGCACCUCGUCCGCCUGCAUCCUCGUCAUGGGGAGCUUCCUGGGGUAGCAGUCAGCCGACCCGGCCUAACGAUCAAGCCACCCUGCCGCCGUCGAAGCGGGAGGACAGGCCUCUCGAUGCCCUUUUGCCUCACGAAAUGGCGACCCGUAGCCGCGCACUCGAGCACCAAAAGAACAGUCAGUCCUCUCAGUGUCUCCCCGGGAGCGUCGCCGAAGGCACCAGCACUAACACUCGCCCAGCCCCCAAGCCUAUAGGAAUACCUUCGAGCAUGGGUCGGAAUGACCCAGGUGGACAUUCGGGCCCAGAACCCCGACCGAUGGGAACACCUAUGAGCAUGGGUCAGAAUGCCCCAGCUGCAAAGUCUCUCGACACCCGUUCAAGCGCACCUACAAAGAUUCAAGCGGACACGGAACCUAAUCACGCCCGGCCGCGGGCUAGGCCGUUCGGAAGGCUCGAUCAUAGCCGUUCAGGACUUUCCGGGGGCCUGUCAACUUCAAAUGCCAUACAAAAGACGCUAGGGGGUAUCGAUCUCGCCAGAACGCAUGAGCGCCCAAGUCAUCGUCAGACCCCUCGCGCUGCGCCGUCCUCCAGAACGCCUCACAAGCUGGGCAGCUUAGAUAUAGAUGCGGCGCCAAUCCGUCAAGAGUGGGGACAACUCACAAGACGUAAGAGCCCGUCCUCGCCACGACAAGUGCCUGUGUCCGAGACGUCUUUGAGCCGAGCACCUCUGGGUCCUGGAAAUGUGUUCAAGGACUCUGAUGCGUCCUGGCCAGGGGGCCGAGCUGUCGAUACCAUCGGAGCUUCCACUGCGACCACAACCCCAGGCUAUGCUGGCUCGUCAAACAUGGAUACCGAGCAACGAGGUCGGAAGCAACGGUCCCAACGCGACAGACGGUCUGUUGAGGAGGUGCCGCCAUCCCCCGCGGAUCCUUCUGACGUCCGAUCGGAUCGUCGCGAGAGGGAGGUCGCGCAUCGGUCAGUGCAGAGGGGUAAAGCCGUAUCUCGUCGUCACAGCCGGUAUCAAGAGGAAGAAGACGAGGAUUACGAUGAGGAGGCUGCCGAGCGGGCAGAAGCACGUCGUCGACAGAAAGAGGCCAAGAGGGCCCGAAAAGAGCGAGAGCUCGAAGCGAAGCAGAAUCAGCCCACGCCCAUCUUCCUUCCCGAGCUAAUCAGCGUGGCGAAUCUGGGUGUCGCGUUGGGCGUGAAGCCCGACCUAUUCCUGGAGCAGCUGGCCGAGCUUGGCUUUGAAGACAUCAGCCAAGACAGUAUCAUGUCGGGCGAGACCGCGGCCUUGAUUGCCCAGGAGUACGGGUUCGAGCCGUCCGUGGAUACGGGAGAGUCGGUGGACCUGAAACCCAGACCCGCGCCCGCGGACCCCUCUGCGCUGCCGACCCGGCCACCUAUCGUGACCAUCAUGGGCCACGUUGAUCACGGCAAGACCACCAUGCUUGACUGGUUGCGGAAAACGUCGGUUGCGGCGCAGGAGCACGGAGGUAUUACGCAGCACAUAGGUGCCUUCUCCGUGAGGCUGUCUGCUGGCCGCCAGAUCACCUUUCUUGACACCCCCGGGCACGCCGCGUUCCUCACCAUGCGGCAGCGCGGGGCCAAUGUCACAGAUAUUGUCAUUCUCGUCGUCGCGGCCGACGACAGCGUCAAGCCGCAGACUCUAGAGGCGCUCAAACACGCGCAGUCGGCCAAUGUGCCCAUCAUUGUGGCCAUCAACAAGAUCGACAAGGACGAGGCGCGAGUCGAGCAGGUCAAGGCCGAUCUCGCACGUCACGGCGUCGAGAUUGAGGAUUACGGAGGCGACGUCCAAGUCGUCUGCGUCAGCGGCAAAACUGGCCAAGGCAUGCCAGACCUUGAAGAAAACAUCCUGACACUGUCCGAGAUCCUUGACAUGCGGGCAGAAUCCGACGGCAUGGCCGAGGGAUGGGUUCUGGAGUCCAGCAUCAAGCCUGUCGGCAAAGUGGCCACGGUCUUGGUGAAGAGGGGCACCCUUCGCAAGGGCGAUAUUAUCGUGGCAGGCACCACGUGGGCCCGCGUUAGAAGCCUGCGUAGUGAGGCUGGAGUCGAACUUGAGGAGGCCCCCCCCUCCACCCCAGUGGAGAUCCUUGGGUGGCGAGAGCCUCCCGCUGCAGGCGAUCAGGUGCUGCAGGCCCCGGACGAGGGUAGAGCCAAGGAUGCUGCUCACUACAGGCAGGAGCUCAGGGACCGGGAGAAGAGCGCUAAUGAGUUGGCACUACAGGAGAAGAGGGAGAAGGAGAGGGGGAAGGAGAAGGAGAAGGGGGCAGCUUCCCCACAAGAGGUGGUGCCUGAUGGCGAGGAGUCGUCCGUCUCGGACGAGGCACCAGGCUCUGCCGUCGUGAACUUUACCGUCAAGGGCGAUGUGAUGGGCUCUGUUGAGGCGGUGUGCGCCGCCGUCUUGGAGAUCGGCAAUAACGAGGUCCGGCCCGCGGUGCUGCGCUCCGCGCCCGGGCAAAUCACCGAGUUUGACAUCGAGCACGCCGCCACUUCCAACAGCUCCAUCAUCAACUUCAACAACGCGAUUCCCGGCAAUAUGAAGCGCAAGGCAGAGGAAGCCGGGGUCGAUAUUCUCGAUCAUACCGUCAUCUACCAUCUCACCGAUGCCGUGAGGGCCAAGCUGUCUGAGAAGCUCACUCCGACCAUUUCCACGCGGGUGCUCGGCGAAGCAGAGGUUCUCCAGGUGUUUCCCAUCAAUGUCAAGGGCCGCGUGUACAAGAACAUUGCGGGCUGUCGAGUCAGAAACGGUCAGGUCACCCGUAGCGCAUUGUAUCGCGUGAUGCGCAACGGUGAAAAAGUCUUUGACGGAAAACUCGAGUCCUUGAAGCACGGCAAGAAAGACGUGGCAGAGAUGCGAAAGGGGGCAGAGUGUGGCCUUUCUUUUGACGAAUGGCAAGACUUCAAGCAGGGCGACCAGAUUCAGGCCUACGAAGAGAUCAAGGAGCGGAGAAGUCUAUAG